GAUUAAUUCAGUGGAAUGUGUCCUUCGGGACUAGGUAAUGUAAUGAACCGAAAACAUAACGCUACAUUUGAUUCUUCACCGCGCCAGCAUAACAAUUGCUAAUUUUACGAGGUGCUUUACCCUAUACAAACUUUAAGUUAUGCCGAAGACGAAUGCCGAAAAAGGUCCACGGGAGAUUGCUCGAUUACUAUAUGACACGUGGUUGGUUCUCACUCAAAAAUAAUUCUUCAAAAACUUACAUUUAUUACAAUCUUUGUUUAAAAGUCCCUCACAAGAAACGAAUCAAAAUCGACACGAAUUUAGGACACUAAAUCGCCUUUAUCAUGCAAAUCGCACCUAUUCUUAUGACUAUGGGCUAUCUGGCCACGAUGGUAGUAGCGGAGCUCAGAACAGCGUAUACCGAGGACAACGGACACUCUUUUCCAGCAAAUGGUUUUAUUAAAGGUGAAGGAGGUACUCAGCUUCCAUGUACUAAGAGUGUCUUCUGUGUACGUGCUAGCUCUUCUUUUGCAGACUUGAUUUCAAUAUUCUACUACUCUUUCUGAAAUGUAAGAAUAGUAAUGCUAAUAAGAGCAUACGUAUAGGGUGAUGCUUAUGCAUCUAAACCAGGUGGUGAAUUCUAUGUACAACGACAAUGUGAGGAGGUUUUUCUUCCAGCGUCGAAAGAAACAGCCCCAACAAGGGAAGGGCCGCAGGAGGCAGAGUGUAAAGCUAGAGAUUCAGAUGAAAAGGGUGUACGUAUACAUGUUAACCUCUUGUGCCUGUCUACUUUACUAAUAGAUUCAUAACACUAGUACAUAUACUGCUGUUAAUAGACUAGCUUGUACUUGAUUGAGGAAACAGGGCCGCGGAGACAAAGCAGUCUAGGCAACAGAAGUGAGCCUUGGAGAAAGCGAUAA